AUGGCAAAGACUGUGCCCGACCGUGCUGAAGGGCUCCGGCUGCUGAGGCCGGGGGCAGCCCCCCCUCUGCAGCUCCAUGCCAGCAGCAGCCUCCCCAGGGCUGCAGCCACCGGCCGCAGGCUGUUCCCACAUCCCCGCGUCCUGCAUCCUGCUGACAAAUGUCCCCAGGCAGUUCAAACAAGGGCGGUCUGGGCAAACACUGAUGCUGGUGAGCACCAGGCUAUAAAGGGAAGCUCCUCUCCUCUCCCGGUGACCCACAAGAAGCCAUUAUUCCUCCCGAUCUCCGGACAGCAAGGAGCAAGGAGAAUGGUGGCAGCGUCCAGACUCACCCUCCUGCUGCUGGGCUGCGUGGGGCUCCUGUGGCCGGCCGGUGCCUGGUACGUAGACUACUGCCCCAAGGACUGGUCCUACUACAAGCUCAGCUGCUUCAGGUACUUCCGUCAGCUCCAGAGCUGGGAUGAGGCCGAGAGGCAGUGCCAGGCCAGCCAUGCCGAUGCCCACCUGGCCUGGGUGGAGGAGCCCCGGGAGGCGGCCACCCUGCAGAAGGUCAUCUCCUACUACCAGCACGUGCAGCCUGUCUGGCUUGGCCUCCGCUACGGGCACGAGAGCCGGGCCUGGCAGUGGGUGACUGGGGACAAGUACAACAUCACCAGUGGGCUGGCUGGGAACGGUGCCCAGGGGGGGACCUGCGGCAUGCUGACCCACCUGAGUGGCUUCACCCUGUGGUCCAGCGCCGACUGCGCCCAGCAGCAUCACUACAUCUGCAAGUUCACCCCCUUGCACUGA